CUCUGCUCGGGGCGAUCCCCCCCGGUUCCCCGCCGGGAGCGCUCCCGCGGCCGCCCCGCAGCGCCCGGGCAGUGCCGGCGCCGUGCCCGGCCCGCCGUGCCUGGUGCAUGCCGGGGAGGAGCGAACUGAACCGCCCCCGCGCCGGCGCUGCCCGGCGUCCCCUUCGCCCGCAGCCUUGACCCCGCCUGCCCAGCCAUGGCAGCCUCGCUGAGCCGCCCCUGCUUCAUCUCCCUCCACCUGCCCUACAGGCAGGGCUGGGGCCAGCACCUGGCCAACACCUUUCGCUUCCAGCCAGUGGCCGUGCGGGAGACGCCGCGUGUCCGGCAGGUGGCCUUGCAACGAGAAUCUGCCAUCUUCCUCGUCAACGAGCGCCUGGCACCUGCCAGCACCUCAUCCCGUGAUUUUCUCUAUGACAUAGAUCCCCAGCCCACCUUGGGCACGGCCUCCAACGUCUGCUUCGAGGUGGAUGACGUGCCGGGGCUCUGCAGGCGGCUGCAGAGCCAGGGAUGCUCCUUGCUGGUGCCCCCCACUGAGCUGAGUGAUGACGCUGGUUCUGUCACCUACGGGGUGGUGAGCUCUGUCGUGGGCAACGUCAGCCACACCCUUUUGGACCGAUCCUCUUACCGGGGGCUCUUCCUGCCUGGCUUCCAGCCCAUCCAAGGAGCCCCCUCAGCCACAGGGGAUGGGAUCAAGAUCACUCACUUUGACCACAUCACAUAUGUCUGCCCCCGGGGUGGGGCCCGGGCGGCUCUGGACUGGUACCAGCGCUGCUUUGGUUUCCACCGCUUCCUGCUGAACCCCCAGGAAAGGCCGGCUGAGGGGUAUGUGCUGGGGGGGCAGGGGGUGGGCAUGCUGCUCCUCGCACUGCAGGGCACCCAGGGCACCCCAGCACACGGGUGCAAGCUGGUCUUUGCUGAGUCUCUCUCCCAGAAUGGCACCAACCAGGUCGACACGUUCCUGGAGCAGCACGGCGGGGCUGGGAUCCAGCACGUCGGCCUCUGCACCACUGACAUUGUCAGCACGACCAGGGUUCUGCAGCAGCGGGGGGCACGGUUCUUCACACCCCCCACCACCUAUUACAGCCAGGGGGGCAAAGCGGAGGAGAUCCGAGGAGCUGGGCAGGACCCCCACAUGCUGGCAGAGCUUGGCAUCCUCCUGGACACCACAGUGCCUGUGGCCAACAAGGGUCGGCCGGGCACUGAUGCCACAAAGAGCCCCUCUCGGGAAUAUUUGAUGCAGAUCUUCACCCAUCCCAUCUUCUCCGAGGAGACCUUCUUCCUGGAGCUCAUUGACCGGCGGGGAGCGCCCGGCUUCGGGGAAGGCAAUAUCCGGGCACUGUGGAAAGCUGUGCAGGUCUACAUGGACCAGCAGCAGUAGUGCAACACUGCAGUCCUCCUCCCUCAGCUCCCCAACUUCUCCAGUCCAACCCUGGAGCAAGGACCAUAAGAUCCCAUCCCUGGCAUGGCCCAGGUGGGCAGGGACCAAGGGACGGCUCCACAUCAAUCCAGAGCCAACUCAGCGUGGGAGCAAGAUGCUCCGGGCCAAGUCCAGCAGGGGUGUGAGCAUGGCCCAGGAUGGGUGCAUUUCUCCCCUGCCCUGGGUUCCCAGGGAUUUAUCGACCACACGUAAAGAACUUUCUGCCUUAGUUUCUGCUUAAUUUAUUGAGACUUGAGCCUGGAGCAUGGCCAAGAGUGUGCUGGCACAGAAACACUCCCAGCUGCAGAGAGAUGAGGGGCUGCCCAAGGGGAGUGGAUAAUCCGGAGGCCGUGGAUUACGGCCGCUUACUGGCAGUUACCACCCACAGCAUGACCAGCCCUGCGGGGCGAGUGGUGGCCUCUUCCUCCUCUCAAUUAAAGAAUUAACUUACAGGCACCGCUCUGGGUUUUUAAUCCUCCUAGUUAAGAUAUGCUGAGUGCCAGGUCAGGAUGAAAUGGCCAUUUCCAUCACUCAAAGUGGGUGUAUCACUAAAAUUGAGAUCGCUGCCCCUAGCACCCCGCCAGGACUGUCCCUGCCAGCCCCCAGCAUUGUGCAUUUGCAAGGGUGCACCACACUCAGCAGGGACAGUGCUGAGCAGCCCAAGAGAAAAAAUAUAAAAGGAGGAUGAAACCCUGCAAAAAGCCCUGGGGGCAGUUGUUCAGCCCCAGGGAGGAGCAGCCCACAGGCAGGAGCAGCACAGCCCUUGGGGGCUGUUAUCUGCCCUUGCAGGAGGGCUGCUCUGGGUGCUUUAUUUGGGGUCACAGCUGUUAAUACUCAGCCAAGGGGCUCUUGGGUGCAUUAAUGAAGAAAUCCCUGCUCUCCCCAGCCCAGAU